UCAGAUGUGUCUUGUUAGAGGCAAUCGGAAACGGCGACUGCGAUUUGCGCCGCAGCCGAGACAUUGCUUCCGAAAGACCUCGAGAAAAAAGAAGAGCCCAUCCGAGUUACGAGUGUGCCGACGCAACUUGGUUCCGAAGCACGAGGCAGACGCUUCGCUUUUUUGGUGUGCCUCGGAAAACGGAGACGGAUGCGGAUUUGUGACCAAGAAUCGCUUCGGAGCUCUCGUCUUUGCACACAGAGACAGCCAGGUAGCGUCGCCCCCCUUGCGGCUUUUCACAUGCAGUCAGUUAAAAGGAUUAAAAGCGCUGGCAUAACGUCGUAAAAUUUGCAGACAAAUUACCGUUGCCUGUGCUCGAUUCCGUCUAACGCGGCAACUCGUUUUCUAAGACAUUUUUUCUUACCAAGGACUUUUGAACGAACUGCAGAUCCCCGACGUCUCUCUUUCGCCUGCGUCUUGCCUCUCGACUGUUUAAGGAGCUACCUGCGCGUGGCUUUCGAAGUUGACCCCCAAGCGAAGCAAUCUUCAGAGUCCGUCUCGACUCUGAGGCUGGCAGCGGAGACCACUGAAGCCGGGCGCCGCCGAGAUGCGACACUUGGAGGAGAAUUCGGAAGAAAGAGAAACGGUUCUGAUAUCCUCCUGAGAGGAGAUUAUUCAUCUAGAAUUUCAAAGAUUCAAGACAAUGCAGGGGUCAGCAGCCGAAGCAGACCGUGGGGCAGCCUUUGGAAGCCUCUUCCCUCCGAGGCCAGAGCCUUCGUUGCUCCUCAGCGUCGUCGCUGCCGUCACUGUGUUGGUAUGCGCCCUGCACUGGAUGCUCAAGAAUCGCGCAAGUGGAAAGUCGUUUUUUUUGUGGAGCGCCGAGUUGGCGACUCCGUUUCUGGACAAGUCGAGGAAGAAGCUGGUGCUUGUUGACAAAAUCACCAUCUCCCCCAACACCUUCAAGUUUCGCUUCCGCCUCGAGUGCCCCAGCCAAUCUCUCGGCCUGCCUGUGGGAAAACAUUUGAAACUCUUCGCACCUGCGCCCAAGGGAACUGUGCCUGGUCACUGGAACAAGGUGCCAGACACAGAGGCGGACCUGGUGGAGAUCGAACGCAAAUACACACCCAUAACGGGAGAUGAAGUGAAAGGCUAUGUGGAUCUUGUGAUCAAAGUUUAUCGGAAAGGAGAACUCGCGCAGUUCCCAGAUGGCGGAAAGAUGUCGCAGUAUCUCGACAGUCUUCACCCUGGAGACCAAGUCGAUGUGAUGGGACCUUUCGGCCUCAUCGAGUACUUGGGGAACGGCGAAUUCCAGGUGAACCGGCGAGUGCUGAAGAAGAAGCAUAUUGGCAUGGUUGCUGGAGGCACGGGCGUGACACCGAUGUUUCAACUUUUGUCGUCGAUUUUGCGGACAGGAGGAGACAAAACAACCGUCUCUCUUCUCUUCGCCAACCGGACCGAAGAAGACAUUCUCUUGCGCGAUGAACUGGAAGAGAUGCGCGAGCAGUACCCUGACCAGUUCGAGUGUGCGUUCACUGUGGACGUUCCUUCGCCGACGUGGAGAUACUUCUCAGGUUUCGUCAACGAAGAAAUGCUGAAGAAAGUCAUGCCUCCGCCUUCUUCUGAUACGGCCAUUCUCUUGUGCGGCGCCCCGCCGAUGGUUCGCAGCUGCUCAGAACAGCUUGCGAAGCUCGGCUACGCCAAAGAGGAUGUCCUCGAGUUCUAG